UUUAAAGAUGAUACGUAUUUCUGCACUAAACGAUGAGGGAUCCGACGAUAGCAAUGGAUUGGACAGUGAGCUCAUCGUCACGAAAGAAGCGGAGGAAACGAUCGCGAUUUCCGAGUAUGUCCGGGCCCUGCAAAUGAAAAAGGAGAACAAGCAGCAAGAGGCGCUGGAACUGUUGCUGGAGUUGUUGGACACCCAAGUAAUCAACGAUGUCACAUCCACUCAGACGGACAGUAAACUUUUUGCAGUAAAGUACAACUGUUACCGGAACAUCGGGCUCAUUUACGAAGAGCAAAGUAAGGAAAGUCUGGCCAUUGAAUUCCUCAUGAAGGCGAUGGAUCUAGACGAAACGGACGUGUACACAAUGUCGCGAUUGGCUCGCAUGGCACUGAAAACGGGUUAUCUGCAGAUAUCGAAGCUAUACUUUGAAAAAUGCUUAAAGCGAAAUCCAAACCAUUGGCCAAGUAUGGAGGGCCUGUUAAGGGUUUUCUGUAGCGCCUCGAACGUCGUUGAAGCAUACGGUUGGGCAAGCCAAUGUAACAGAAAAGAUCCUCGCAACACGCUGUACCUCGAUGUGCUCAGGGCCAUCCGGGAGCGCUUCAAGAGUACUCUACCAUACCUGGAUACCAUUUUCAUCAUGCCACCGGCGGUGAAUUUCCAGGCAGAGGAAAAGAGACGACCACUAGAAGUGGCGCUGGCCACAUUUGAUGAGCUAUUUACCGCAAAACCGGCUUAUGAGCCUCCGGAUUUCACCAUCAUGCCGGACAUACUUAAGCAGGAACUGAAGAUGGACGAUAUUAGCUUUGAAACGAUUGGGAACAUGCUGGUAAAGCUGAACGAUAAGAUGGAAGAGCUGGAUUUGCGAUGUGUUUUCAUGCUGGAGACCGAUUCACUCUUUUGCGAACGUCACAAAGAAGAGGGCGAAAAGAUGGAAGAGGUUACCCAGGAAACUCCAACUGUUGCCGAAAGUGUGGAUGAUACUGUCGCAGCAAAAGAAGACAAUCGAAUGGAAGUGGAAGAGGAAGAUAUGUGUGAAGAGGCAAACGAGACUAGUGUGAGUUUCGUAAAACUCUCGGAGGACGGCAACGGAAAUGGCACAUCUGCAGCCGAUAGUGCUGACUCAGGAGUUGAUGCAAACGAGCAAAAAAAUAAAGCUCGACGUAGAGGCAGUGAGCUUAAAAUUUUAGAACAGUGGGGCUGGCAUAAAAAUCGUCGUUCAACACGCAAGAAGAGCAUUCAAGAGCUAAAUGAUCCGGCUGAUUCGACAGUGGAAUCAUUCUUCAAGCUUUCGGUCAAACAGCAUCUAUCCGAGGAAAAACAGCUGAAAAAGUCACCUUUCACGCUGGACCAGAGACGUAAGAGUUCCGAGGGAGAUGACGGCACGGAUGCUGGUACUGAGAUUGCGGCUGCGGAAGUGUCGGCCAUAACGCAAUCGGACUUUUGUAGUGAAUGCAAUUUACACGCAUUUAUAAACGAAAUGAAGCAAAAUGAUAUCGACGUUUACGCGUUGAUGUACGGAUUUCUUGUGCACAUUUCGAGAUCAUGGGGUAUUGCAACAAAAGCCGAACUGCAUCCCAUAUAUCUAAAGUUGCACAACUCGUUCGUGCAGUAUACAGACUAUGAGGCGUGGAAUCAGCUAUCUCCUGAGAGACUUGAACUGAUAUUUCAAAUAUCGGUAUUCUACUUGGAAUUGAAACUAGAUGCAGGAUUAGCGGAAACACGAGAUGAAUCCAGAGGCAUUCUUGAUGCCUUCGAUGAUGAGAUAUUCAAUCGGUGUCGCUUCUAUGUGGAUAGUUUGCCGAACGAGAGAACCGUUGCCGUCUAUCGCAUUCGAUUACAGUGGAUCGCAUACAUUGUGGAAUGCAGUGCUCAAAAAUUUGAUGCUGCACUUGAGAACCUGUACUUGCUGCAAGAUAAUUUAUGCCAUUCGGAUGGACAACGGAUAGUGCUAAAUUUCCCAAACCAGCAGGCCAACACUUGUGUCAGUUUGGAGAAAAUUGAGGAAUUGAUUGGUGAAGCUGAACGUAAACUGCGCAUUGAACGAGUGAGGCGCCACUAUGAAGAUGGAGAGCACGAACAGGUGGUUGACAUCUUGAAGGAUACUCUUCGCUACUACACGACUGUCGGUAACCCCAACGAAACAGUACUUAGUCUGACGAUGCAAUCCCAGAUGCUGCUCGAGUCUCUCUGGAGCAUCGCAGAAAUGGAAGAAUGUUUGAUUUGGGCAGAAAAAGUGUUCACCUAUUCUGUCCAUCAGUUCGUGGUAGCAGCUGGUCAGCACGAUAGCCGCAAAACACGAACAUGGGCCAGUAAUGUUAAUUUCGCCCAAUUAUACAUUCAUUCUAUCAUCAAGCAGGAAGGAUUUUUCAUACUGGAAAUACUUGGUUCUCAAACAUCGAGACUCAUACAAUCACUGUACCGACUGUUAACGCACCAGCUGGAUCCAAGUGUUGAAAAAAAUUAUACCGCUCAAUUGUGUCUUAUCGAUUGCUGGAGAGCGUGGAUAGUUUUUUAUUACAUUUUAGAAAGACAAGAUGAUUUGGAUUGCUUGAUUAAAGUGAAUCAAACACCGUCGAUUCAAGAUCAGAACGGAACGAUCGAAUCAGAUCCUGAACGGUUGUGCAAUUCCGUCAUGAUGUGUUUCGUUGCUCAUGAGCUGUUGGGCAAGAAGAACUGGUGUUCCAAAGGUGAAAGUGGACUUCUAUUCCAUAUCCUGGAUGUAGUCGUACCUAAGAUACGCUCACCUUUGCUGGAACCGUUUCGUGAAAUUUUGAACGAAUAUCUGGAACAGGUUACCUACUGCCUGUAUGGCUAUCCCCAGAAACGGCCUCGGCUGCGUCACAUCCACGACCAUGGAGCCGUUCAGGUGUCGCUGAACUGGACCCGAGCAGUUCAGCUGUUUGAUCUCUAUCGGCCCGAUAAUCUUCCGGAAUUCAAUUCGUACAAGUUAGAAUCAAUUUCCGCCGAUAUGGAGGCUCUGCUGCAGCGUAUUAUCGCGCUUAUUCCGACCGAGAUAGACGUAACGAAGCUUUCUCUGCCGAUUUCGGAAUUUAUCGAUGGCAAAGGCAACACACUACCAGAUGCGGCCAAUGUAUUGCAAAGCGAAAUCAAGCCAAUAUUCUAUCUGCUGGCUGAUUAUUACUUCAAGAGUCGCGAUUUCACACGCGCGAUCAAGUACUAUGUGAUGGAUCUUGCCCUAGAACCGACGCGAUUCGAUUCGUGGGCCGGCAUUUCACUGUCAAAGGCCAGCAGGGUGGAAACGAAACUAAACUCCACCGAAGUGAUACCUUUGCAAGAAUUUCUGGAUGAAACCGACAAUGGUAUGAAGUGCUUCGAUCAGUGCUUGCAGCUAAACGAAAACGAUGCACAGCUUUGGAUUGAGUAUGGGUCGUUCGCGUACAACAUUCAUUCGUUUUGCUCCCGCAGUUUGAAAUUGUUGAGUGAUACUCUUUCGAUGGAGAGUUUUGCGUUGGUCGAAACACACAAGGAACGCUGCCUCGAUAUUGCAUUUUCCUGCUUUAACAAAGUUAGCCUGGAAAAGAUUUCGUCCCCAGAGCUAUCGAAAGAGGUCGAGAAAGAGCAGCAGCAACAGCAGCAACAACAACAUCAACAUCAGCAACAGCAGCAGGAAAGUGGCAAUAAUCACGAGGACGAAAUUUGGUUGCAUCACUACAUGCUGGGAAAGAUAGCGGAAAAGAAAAAGGAACAUCCGGCCGUGUACCUGACGCACUAUUUGAAAUCAGCCAAAUAUCUGUACGAGUGUAAUGCAACCUAUCCGAUCAAGAUUAAUCACAGCAGCCCUUCGCAGCUAGCGAUCGAGGCGUUGGAGGUCUUCUAUCGCAUCAAUGCUGCUAUCAUCAAGUACGUAGAGCAGCAUUCACCAAUCAAAAAGAAAACUUCCAGGUUAUUUUUGCGGACCCUAAAAGAACUAGCCACGAGUCCGUUUGCGGUGAAUCGCGCAAAGAUAAACGAAAAUAUGCUGAAACGUAAAAUAUCACCCAACAACAACGGAAGUAAUAAUGCCGGGCCACCGGUUGCUACGAAUGCUGCUGACACCUCGGUACCUUCACCGAAGGUUGCUAGGGAGUCCGAAGCUAUGGCUGCUGUUGGUAAAGCGGCAGAUGAAGUAAAGCAACAAUCACAAGAAGGAGUUCCGGAUCCGGAUGGUGCAAAUGGCGAUAAGCUAAUUACCGUUGAACCAUUGCCGUCGGUCGGCAGUCCUCCGGCGACAGAAAUGCCCAGUACAACGUCCGCUCAUCCGUCGGCAGUAGUUGCGGAUGAAAAUGUUCCAUCAUCAGCAUCGGCCAACCAGCAAACAGGACGCGUGCUAGAACACGUUCGAGUAGAGGUGAUCAAGCAACUCGUUGAAGGACAACCAGCACGCCGUGGAUCGCAGGAGAGUGCCGUAACAUCUUCCACUACGACCACUACCACCACAACAAGCACCUCUUCCUCGAGCAGUGAUUCGUCGGACAGUGAUACGGAUACGUCAUCUGAUUCCGAUAGUGAUACUUCUUCGACGGAAGACGAGCUUACGAAUGAACAAACGAUAAGCACGACUGAGAGAGACACAAUAUUCAAACAUUGCAUUAAAAAUUUGGAAGAAUGCAUCACUCGCUUCCCGGAGCACUACAAAUCAAUGUACCGUCUGGUGCACCAUUAUAUGCAUGCUCCCGGCGACACGAAAUCGUUCGACAAAGCCAGGCAAUUAUUGCUGGGUAACUACCGCACCACCCUGGGUACACAGAUUCCAGGUCUUUUCACGGAGCGGAAAACCACAAACUUCUUCAACGGUUUAUGGAGGAUUCCGGCAUCGGAUAUCGAUCGACCGGGAAACUUUGCAUCGCACAUUUCCAAGUGCGUCAUUGUGCUAAUGGAAACGCUGAAAGAGUUUAACGAGCAUGAAAUAUUGGUCGAUCUUGCGAUGCAGCUGCAACGUACUCCGGAACCAGAUAAAAAGUACCUUAACGAUUACGAGCGCAAAGAGCUGGUCCAGCAGGCAAUGCUGUAUUGCAUCCAAGUUUACAGAAGUAUGCUGAAGAAGGCGGUCGAUGCACGGAAUGAUACCGAUCUGCUUUCACUUAUGAUCGACGCGUACAAGGCUUACCGUAAGAUCCUGAAGGUAAUGCCGACCAAGGAACCAAUGUUCGCUUGCCUGCUGACCGAUGCUUACCGUGCAUUUGUGAGCGAUAAGGUGGCCAAAUUGCCGGACAACAGCAACGUACUUGAUCUCUCCAUUAAGCUGUGCACCUACGAGAUCAAUUAUCGCAAAACGCAGGAAAAGCAACAAAAUACGAAUGGUUCCGGUUCCGGAUCGGCUGCAAGUAGUACGGCCGGAGCGAAUGGCGGCAAACAGGGAGGUGCUGGAGAGGUGCCAGCAACAAUGAUCGUUCCUAUGCAACCGAUAUCGGCCAAUUUCAUUCCAGGACUCACGAAACAAAACAGACGUAUCCCGAUGUCGAAAGUCACCACGCCAACCAUGGCAACUAAUCCGCUGGCAAAUGAUCUUCCUUCCAUACACCAACAACUGCAGCAGCAGCAACAGCAGCAUAACUAUCAAAUGUCACAGACACAUCCUUACGGUGCACCGUCUAGUGCAAUCGGUAGCAUGAUGACGGAUCUUUCCUCUCGUGUGACUAUCACACCGAUAAUGCUCGACACGGGAACUGCUGCUGCUGCUUCGGCUGCUUCAUCGACAUCGGGCAACCUAGACCUGAAUGCUGCCAAGCAUACCGCUGCUACGGUUGCUGCUGCACUGCCACCAGCGAGCGCAAUGAAAUCCUCGUCCCAGUUAUCGGAUGCUCUGCCAUCAGCUUCUUGCUUAACCGGCUCAGCAGCAGCUGGUGCAAGCACAAGCUCCACUGCCCUGUUCCAGCAAUAUUUGAAAAUAUUCAGCCAGAUGCCUAAUAUUGCUUCAAUUGGCAACAAUCCGAUGAUGACGGCUGCUUUAACCGAGUAUUUGGCCACUUUUAAGAUGCAUCAAUCAGCGACAUCGUCGCUGUCACCCAAUCCCGAUCGAAACACGGAUACUCCGCCGCAACUGCCAGCUUCAACCAUGAUGAUUCCGAAGGCGUCCACCACGGUUAGCUCUAAACAUUAUUCCUCUGGUCAAGCGCAAUCCCCACAGACGUUCCCUACAAGUGGUGUUGGUGGCAAAAAGUCAGGAAAAUCGUCAUCCAGUGUUGCCUCGCCACUCCUGUACAGUAACUUCGAACAGCAGCAACAGCUUGCUACAAUCACACUCUCCACGAUAGGUGCAUCCCAUUCAUCCACCAACGUGAAACGUGAUCGAGUAUCCUCUCCCUUCGCUGGAAGCUCCACGCAACGCGGUGCUGGUCGCGUAGCAUCGCCACUGCCGAUGCUUACCAUAACACCUAGCGAUGGUCCAGUUCCUACGGGACGCCAAAAACAGGAUUCCAGCGGAAAUCGUAAGGCUAAGAGCAAGAAGGCGCUUGGUACACGGCCAACUCCGUACGCACGUCCUACACCACCGCCACCGGCCAUACCGCAGCUUGGUGUACCAGGUUUAUCAAUUGAACCCGUACUUGUCCCAGGAAUGCUGCAGCCACCAAUAACUGACCCGAACAUAAGCAAGUUCCUGUCCGCAGCAACGGCAGGCACAUCGAAAUCUUCCAUCGCAGGAACUGCUGCGACUUUAGCUGCGCCAAACAUGAAAGAUCUCGUUGCAACCUACACGGAACUGAUGAAGAAGUAUCCUAUGGCACGUUCGUUAUUGCUGCCAAGAAAUGAAGCACUGAAUACACAACCAGUAGUCCCGCCGCCAGUGCCAAAGUCAAAAGCAGGAACCGGACGCAAACAGUCAGCAAAGCAGUCGGCGGCGAACAAAGCAACAUCCACAGCGACUGCCAGUUCGUCGGCGGCCGUGAAUCGUGUGUUCCACAGUGGGACCACGCCGAUUCCACGGAUAGGUGCUACGAUAACGCCCUUGCCGGCGGGUUUUCCGGUCGAUGGAUAUGCCCGAACGGUGUCGCCAGCGGGAAACACUGCCAGCAUUGCGUCACUGUCACCAUCCUCCGGUUCGAUGCCGUCCAUGCUGCAACAACUGGGAGGUUCCAAUCAGCAACAGCAAGCCAAAACAUUGCAGCAAAAGUUGGCGGAACGGCAGAAGGCAAACAAAGCGCGUGAAACGGAAAGCGUUAGUGCAGCCGUAGGCAGCGGUCAGGGCUCCAGCGGAAAGCAGCCCAAGCCAUCUGCUGAUCCAGUCGAUGUCAUUGUGCUCGAGUGAUGGUCGCAGGAAGCGGAAUGUGAGUGGAAAUAAACAUUCUCCCAAUGGUCUCACCA